ACCGCUUCACUCCCUCGCUGCGAGCUGGCACUGACUGGCGCGCACGAAACACCCAAAGAGAUAACGGCAACGAGAAGAUCUGGACAAGCGGAUUUGCCACUUCCAAUUGAAUCAUUCCAAUCUGCAGUCGGGGUCAUGUCACUUCGUGGGGUCGUCUUGAUGAUCCUGUGCGCGGUCCUGGCUGUGACGCGCGCUCGCCGGACUUCUGCGGAGCACGAGGAUGUUGAGGAGAAGAUGAAUAGCGCCAGAUGCACCUCCAGGUGUCUCACUUUGCAUAUGACCCAGAUUACCGCUACCUUCAGACACUUCCAGAAUGACCAAGUUCUGGUUUGGUGUGAGAACCACAGGCGCUGUGCACAGUGCCUUCAACCAUGUAAAGAGCUUUGGGACACCAACAAGAUGCUGAAGUCAUGUGAGAAGCAGACGGAGUGUAUGACCAGCAGCGAGUUUCUGACCUCUCUGAGGUCCUCCAGACAGGGCGACUGCCCUCCGCCACAGCGUGCCACGGGUUUUGCCGCAGCCUGCGUGGAAAGCUGCUCGCUCGACCGACAUUGUCCAUCCCCUCGGAAGUGUUGCUUCAAUGGAUGCGGACGCACGUGUCAAACGCCAGCUCAUCUUUACAAAGGCGUUCCUCUGAAACCCCGCCGAGAUAUGAGCUUCGUGGAAGAUCCCACGGGUGGGCUCAAAGUGACGUGGGUGUCCAAGUUCAACGUCAGCGUGGAGCCGGUUCUUUACGUCCUCCAGUCACGCUGGAACACGGGCAUUCACCCCAAUGAAGAGAACGCGUCCCCGUGGACGACUGUUGCCAUGACUCUUUGCGAAGAUGCGCUACUGUCAGAUCUGAGACCUCAGCGUUGGUAUCAGUUCAGAGUGGCGGCAGUCAACAGUCAAGGCAGCAGGGGCUUCACCACGCCAAGCAAGCACCACAUCUCCAAUAAAGAUCCGGCACCUCCGCAAGCUCCGGUAAAUAUACGAGUGAGCAACCAAACUCUGGUUGGGAUGACAGAAAGGUCAGGGGGAAGCGUGGCCGCCUUAAUACACUGGGACCCCCCUGAGGAUGGAGACUUGCCAGUUCGCAAUUACAGAGUCACCUGGAUGUCUCCACAUAGGAGACAAAAACACACACAGGAAUUCCAUCACAACACGCGCAGCCAGUUGAUCAAGGAGAGUAAAAAAAGAAGCAACAGCAGAAUGACUCAAGGGGUGCAGUGUGAGCUGUGGCUCCAGGGCUUUCACCCUGAUACUUCCUACUUCCUGUCUGUACAGUCAGUGGCCUACUGGGGUCAGAAGAGACUCAAGAGCCCAAGAGCUCACAUUGCCUUUACUACAGUCCCUAGUAAAGAGUCUACGAAAGGAGAAGCCUUCUCCAAUGAGCUCCCCUCGGCGUCUUCCUCAUCAUCCCCGUCAUCCUCUUCCCCAUCCUCCCCUGAGCUCCCCCAUUUGUCUUCUCUUCCUCACCCCGAAUCCCCUCUUGACCCCGUUGUCCCUGGUGACCUUCGCCUGGAGGUGGCUGCCCCCCAUUACCGUGGCGGUCAGCUACGGGUCAAGGUGUUCUGGAAGAGGUCGAAGCAUGCCAGGAAUGGUCACCCUGGUCCAUACAUUUUGCGGUGGCGCCCGCAUGCUUGCAGCGCUAACGUUACAGGAAGUGAGGGCACAGCCAGCGUGCAGGGUACCCAUUACACCAUUACGGGCUUACUGUUUGCAUGUAAGUACUGGCUAGCUGUGGCGAUGAAAAGCGAUCCUGAGUCAGAAGCCGUUGCCUGGGUUACCACCCCAACUUGCGCAUCCGUCAGGGUCAAAGGAGGCAAAGCCUUGGCCUGCAACAAUGAAGAGCGCCGUCUAGCAGGCAGAAAGGUGAUACUGCGCCCAGAGCGCCUGACGGCAGAUUUUCACCAAGCCAACGGUACGCUGCUGGCUAUGUUUCGCUGGAGGGUCUCUCAACAUGCACUGGACCUGGCAGAGAUUCAUGGCUUCCAAUUCACUUGGACCCUGCAGUCAGGUGUGACCUUGGGGGCAGAAGGUCACGAGGACACGCUUAUCUCGCAGACACAGACAAUUGCACCGUCUCAGCGGGCGGUGAUAGUUCAGGGCCUUCAGAACGACAGCCUUUACCAGGUACAACUUCAAGUUUUAACAGCCCGAGGCAGCAAUGGCACUGCGGUCUCGAAGACUUUUCACACUCCUGCACUGUGAGGUUCAAGUGCGACAGAACUCUGCUGCACCACUUUUGUGCAACAAAACCAACUUUUAAAAAACAACAACUGGUGAGAGUAGCGGAUAAAGAUUUUCCCUCUUGUCUUGAUUACUUUUCCCAAUACCAUACUUUUCACUAUAAAAUUAAACAAAAGAUACACUAUACAUACAUUGGUGGACUAAAGAUAUACGCCAAUAUUCAAUUUAAGAAGGCCCUCUUUGUCACUGGAACCAGAUGACAUCCGUAAAGUUGUUUUGGACACCUCUUUUGUUUUGUUUUUUAUUAUGUAGACAUCCCAGUUAGAAAAUGUUCUCGCACUGACCUCAAGUACGAAAUGUAUAGCUACGGAUUGUGUUUAUUGCAGUGGGACUGUUACACUGUCUUUUAUGUGUAAACGCAAAUAGUCUGUAUUUCAGGUGUUUUUAUUUUUAAACCUUUGCCCUGGAAUGUGUAUGAAUAUUUGUGUUUGAUAUAUUUUGGGUCUCUUCCAGCAGCAAUAAGCAUUAUGACUUUUCCACACUGUUUUUGCUGUACUUGUGGAAGAACCAGAAUUUAUGUUGAAAAACCUUUUAUGUUGCCUUGUUUUUUAUGUUUAUGACUGAAAUGUUAUUUUACUGAUGUUCAUUUUGUGCAUACUUCCUUCUGUUCUUCAGCUGACAGUUGUAUUUAUUGUUUUUAUUUCUUGAUAUUUGUAAUUAAAUUGAAAGUAACCAUG